AAAGUGGGAGUUCCACUUGAUGUGAUUUGGCCCAUCUGUUCAUAGACAUUUUAUUGCUAAAUAUCGAAUUAUCUCUAGAUAAGAACUUAUUUAUACCAGAAGUAAGGCAGGUACAUUUAUAUUUAAAAGAAACUGCAUGGAGUGGUAAAAAAUAAUUGUAAAAUUGAACAGAAUGACAUCCAAAGUGACACUUUUGAUUUGGUUCAUAGCGCUGUGCAGUUUUUUACAAGAAGCGUAUGGAGACGACGAUGACUAUGCCGACACUAACCUUCCCCUGACGAACGUCAGCUUCACCUUCACAGACGAAGAUAUUGUCAUUAAAUGGGAUCUUAUGUCUGAAACUAACUGUUCCGUCGAAUACCACUUUACCGUUCGUGACAGCGAACUUGGUGUAAUUCUGGAUGAGUAUCUGGAGGAUCAGUUUAUGCGAUUGGAUGCUAUUUCGCCUUGUAUAACCUACAACGUAGGUAUUCAAGUCGUUAGCAAAGCAUCUCCUGCCACAAAGGGACCCUUGUUGACAAUAACCAUCCAGCUCUACCCGAGAGCACAAAUUGCUCCUGCUUUAAAAUCCCUGGAUGUACAAAGCACAUCAAUCAACGUGUCGUGGUUAUUAGAAGGAAAUAAAAAUAGAUGUCCUUUAAAAAAUUUCUACGUCAACGAUACGAUAUAUAGACCUAGCUCAAAUUGCACCCAUCCUGUACUACUUCCAAGUUUCUGUGGAAAAUACAGGGGGAUGGUCUCCACCUUACCAAAUAGCUGUUCAGACACUUCCUAG